AGACCGAAGAAGGUUUGGUGGAUAGCAGAACCUUUUUGUCUCCCUCUAAUUGCUCCUAAGCCUCACGCUCCCUUGCCCCGCGUGUCCUGUUGCUUCCCUGAUCUUCUCCGUGACCUGUAGCUAAGCCUUCCACCAGCGCUUGAGUACUUAAUUUGAACCGGAUCCUUUCCCAGACCCUUUCUUCUUCUCCUCCUCCUCCAGGGCGCCCUGAAAGGACCAGGACAUGCGGGUGCGGUGGAUGCUCUUUUGGCUCCUCUUUUGGCUCCUGCUGGAAUUUAUCAGCCAUCAGUGCAUCUCUGUUAUCAAUAUUCUGGCUGACCAUCAUCAUCGUGGGACUGACUUUGGUGGAAGUCCUUGGUUAGGUAUCAUUAUUGAAUUUCUGAGAAGUUAUAAAGUUGUCAUUACCCUCUGGACAGUUUACCUUUGGUUGUCUUUCCUGAAGACUAUCUUCCAGUCUGAAAAUGGACAUGAUGGAUCCACAGAUGUACAGCAGAGAGCCAGGAGGUCCAACCGCCGUAGACAGGAAGGAAAUAAAAUUGGCCGGAAAGACGCCAUUACUCUACGGAGACAUGUGAAAAGAAAAGUUAGAGAUAAAAUCCAUAAGAUGAAGGUGACACCGAAAAUCAACCAUCAUGACAAAAUCAAUGGAAAGAGGAAGACCGCCAAAAAACAGAAAACGUAUCAACCUGCGCAAGAGUUGCAGCGGCGGGCAGAGGACUACCACAAAUGCAAAAUCCCCCCUUCUGCAAGAAAGCCUCUUUGCAACUGGGUCAGAAUGGCGGCAGCGGAGCAUCGUCAUUCUUCAGGAUUGCCCCACUGGCCCUACCUCACAGCUGAAACUUUAAAAAACAGGAUGGGCCACCAGCCACCUCCUCCAACUCAACAACGUUCUAUAACUGAAAACUCCCUGAGCCUCAAGACACCUCCCGAGUGUCCGCUCCAUCCCCUUCCACCCUCAGCCGAUGAUAAUCUCAAGACGCCUCCCGAGUGUCUCAUCACUCUUCUUCCACCCUCAGCUCCACCCUCAGCUCCACCCUCAGCGGAUUAUCAUCUCAACAGGCCUGCCGAGUGUCUGCUCUAUCCCCCUCCACCCUCAGCGGAUGAUAAUCUCAAGACACCUCCCGAGUGUCUCAUCACUCCCCUUCCACCCUCACCUCCACCCUCAGCUCCACCCUCAGCUCCACCCUCACCUCCACCCUCACCUCCACCCUCAGCUCCACCCUCACCUCCACCCUCAGCUCCACCCUCACCUCCACCCUCAGCUCCACCCUCACCUCCACCCUCAGCGGAUUAUAAUCUCAACAGGCCUGCCGAGUGUCUGCUCUAUCCCCCUCCACCCUCAGCGGAUGAUAAUCUCAAGACACCUCCCGAGUGUCUCAUCACUCCCCUUCCACCCUCACCUCCACCCUCAGCUCCACCCUCAGCUCCACCCUCACCUCCACCCUCACCUCCACCCUCAGCUCCACCCUCACCUCCACCCUCAGCUCCACCCUCAGCUCCACCCUCACCUCCACCCUCAGCUCCACCCUCACCUCCACCCUCAGCUCCACCCUCACCUCCACCCUCACCUCCACCCUCACCUCCACCCUCACCUCCACCCUCAGCUCCACCCUCACCUCCACCCUCAGCGGAUGAUCAUCUCAAGACACCUCCCUUAGCUACUCAGGAGGCUGAGGCAGAAAAACCACCCAAACCCAGGAGGCCGAGGGCCGAUGACGUGGACCCAUCAUCGCCCGAACCCAAGAGGCGGAGGGCCGAUGACGUGGACCCAUCAUCAUCCACACCCAAGAGGCGGAGGGCCGAUGACGUGGACCCAUCAUCGCCCAAACCCAAGAGGCGGAGGGCCGAUGACGUGGACCCAUCAUCAUCCACACCCAAGAGGCGGAGGGCCGAUGACGUGGACCCAUCAUCACGCAAACCCAAGAGGCGGAGGGCCGAUGACGUGGACCCAUCAUCAUCCAAAGCCAAGAGGCGGAGGGCCGAUGACGUGGAACCGUCAUCACGCAAACCCAAGAGGCGGAGGUUGAGUUAGCUGAGAACAGGCCAUUGCACUCAAGCCUGAGCAAUAAGAAUAAAAUUGAGUAGAACAAAAUAAAAAAAUCAAAAAACAAAACAAAACCCACACUCCAAAAACAAACUAACAAAGAAUAAAUAAAUAAUAUAAAAAUAAAAUAUAUACUGCAGUC